AUGGCUACUAAGAAUAGAAAGUUGCCAAACGACGAACUGGACGACCCGCGUCAUAAAAAGAAUCGCAAAGUGGUUGUUGAACACGAUUUCUCUCAAUGCAUCUGCCUAGAAACACCAAAUCAUACCAAUACUGAUGCUAUAAUUUGCCAAAUUUGUAAAAAAUAUUCGCAUGUGCAAUGUAUAUCAUAUGUUGAGGAUAAGAACAAUUUUAUUUGUUUGCUAUGCAAGUUGAAGGAUUUUGACCCAUUCAAUCCGGUUGAAAAAUUCCUGCACUAUUCAAUACUUGGCGAUACAAAGGCCCACACUAUUAUAGAUGCAGGAAACAUCAAAUCUAUGCGCAAUUCUGGCCUUGAAAUAUAUCUCUUUUGCAUACCCAUAAAAGAUGGACCGCUUUUACACGAAUACCCCAAAACCUUAACUGUCACUAUUAACAAUACACCCGCUCAUACCGUUCAGGAGCCUACGUGGGAACACAAGAGAAGGGAUAAUCCGGUGAAGAUAACUCAUUUACUCAAGAGCGGGGAAAAUAGCAUAAAAAUCACAUCCACCACGUACAAUGACACCGAAAGAUUGUUCUUACUCACCUUUUCCCUAGUCAAGCCUACUGGUAUCUCAUCCUUGAUGGCUGAUAUUACAUCAAACAGAACACUUGAUAUACAAGAAGCAACUGAUCGUGUGUUUGAAAUGUUACGUAAAUCGGCGGCUGAUGGUGAUGAUGUUGUCUGUAUGGAUACUAAUAGAAAGUUUCGUCUUCUUUGUCCUGUCACUUUAUCUAGAAUUCAAAUACCUACCAGGGGUAGAUACUGCAAGCACUUGCAGUGUUUUGACCUACAAGGUUACUUGCAUGUCACUUUAAGGACUAAUUCUUUCAACAUGAGAUGGAAAUGCCCCGAAUGUACGCUGAUAGUCAAGCCCGCCAAUUUAAUCAUCGAUUCCUAUAUUAUGCAAGUGCUAUGCGAUUCACCCCUCGAUGCAACAUCGGUGGAGAUUGAAAAGAAUGGCGAAUACAAGUUUGAUUUGUUAGAUGAUGGUGAGUAUAACUCGGGAGACGAUAGUAUGCAAAAGGGGGCUAAGAAAGAUUCUCCUGAUCCAGAUUGCAUGCUAAUACUUGACUCUGAUUAA